AUGAAGUUUUUGGGAAUGAGAUACACUUCUCAGCACAAACUGCUGUUUGUGUAUCGCCACGUGAUCUUCGAACACGUGGGAACUUUAAAAACUUCAGUAAUGGACGCAAAGUGGGACAGCAAUGUGACCGUUUCUUCAACCGCCCUACGAACUUCCUACCGCGCAUUGGAGCGUGCUCUCAUCGGCACCACUCGCUUCGUGCAGUGGAAAAAGAACAGAGGAGCACAGACCUCCGUCAACAACAAAUCCGGGAUCCGCAGACAAGACGACCGCUGGCCCACGAGAUUAACACACUGGAUUCCGAGAAACAUCAAGCGCCCACUCGGGCGCCCACCGACCAGAUGGACGGACUACUUCCACAAGAACAUCAGUCAGCCAGGCCGCCACUGGAUGACCGUCGCGCAAGACCGAGCCGCCUGGAGAACGUGUGGUCCACGCUGA